AGAUAAUUAGAUAUAAACGAAAUUUCAAUUCGUACUAUAAUAUUUUUUAUUUUCAAUCAAAUACUUAAAACAAUUAUAAAUAAUAAACCUAUCAGAUUGUAAAACGUCAAUAUAUUCAAACAAGUAUUUUUCUUGUAUACAAAGGCAUAUUCAUCAGUUGGUAAUUGGAUUUCUCUUGCAAAGCUUGCAAGUUAUUUUAGUAAUAUUAAUGAAUAAAGCUUGAAUUUUUCAUCAUACAGCAACAUAUUGUGAUCACAAAGUCAUCAAAUUAUUAACAUUGUAUGCACCAGCAGUCCUGUUUUAAAUUCUUAGCAUCAUGAAUGAUUUAAAAAAUGUAAAAAUAGUAUUUAAUAAUUACAAAAUGUGCUUGAAGUGUGUACAAAGAUGCAGUCAGAUUCACAACAAUGUGAUGGUGUAAUUUUCAAAUGUGUGCUCUAAAGGUUUUCGACGCAUUUAAUUGUACUUAAGAGUAAUAGUAGUAGUACUUAAUACUAGAAAUAACGUGAUUUGACUCUUUGAGUAUUCAAUCCUUGUACUUACUAUGUAAAUUUUUUUAAAUGUAAAUGUGUAAAGUACAAUCGCUGCACAUUCAAAGUAAAUCUUGUAGCUGUGACAUUAUGUAAGCUGUUGAUUCACGAACGUUUUCAGACAUUCUUUGUAAAUGUAAAGCAUAAAGUGUUGUAAAAAAAAUUCUCUACAGUAAAAAGUUCCAGGCAUAUGAUCUAAGUCAGAUAAUAGUUUAUACGGUUCAAAAAUGCAUUUCGAGAAUUGAUCGAAUUUUUUAAAAAGCCUCGUUAAAAGUGCCAAUUGCAUCGUGAGCCGGAGCACAUUGCAGUCUUAUCGUUGUUAGCAAAAUUAAAAUGAGGUGACAAGCCAGCACGUGAACAAUUGGACAGCUGUGCAACAAAAAGCUGCUCGUCAGUGGCUGCUUUUCGCGGCUUCAGCGCCUGAGAGCUACAGCCAGAUGUCGACUCACAGGGCCACAUGCCUCUACGGUCUACGGAAGUCAUGGAGGAUUCACUGAAUGAUAGAAAGCUGUUUGUUGGUGGUCUCAGCUGGGAAACAACAGAAAAGGAACUGAGAGAACACUUUACGACCUUUGGCGAGAUCGAAAGCAUCAACAUCAAAACUGAUCCAGCAACUGGUCGUUCGAGAGGAUUUGCUUUCAUUGUUUUCAUGAAGGCUGAAGCCUUAAACAAGGCUAUGGCACAUGGAGAUCACGUUAUCAACAACAAGAAAGUUGACCCCAAAAAGGCUAAGGCUCGACAUGGUAAAAUCUUCGUUGGUGGUCUUACAGCUGAAUUGACCGAUGAAGAAAUCAAAAACUUUUUCUCUCAAUUUGGAACAAUUGUUGAAGUUGAAAUGCCUUUUGAUAAAACCAAGAACCAAAGGAAAGGAUUCUGUUUCAUUACUUUCGAGUCUGAACAGGUUGCCAAUGAAUUGCUCAAGACAUCUAAACAGACCAUUAACAAUAAAGAGGUCGAAGUCAAAAAAGCUACUCCCAGACCAGAGAUGGGUGGCAUGCGCGGUAUGAACCGAGGAGGUCGUGGUGGAGUUAGAGGUGGAAGAGGCCGUGCCUUCAGUAGCCAAGGUGGAUGGGGCCAGGGCUACGGAGGUGGAUACAGCCAAGGCGGCUAUGGUGGUGGCUACGGAGCUGGCUAUGAUGGCUAUGGCGGCAACUAUGGAGACUACUACGGAGGUGGUUACGGUAGCUAUGGUGGCUAUGACUACAGUGGAUAUGGAGGCUCAGGCUUUGGCGGAAAGCAGAGAGGUGGUCGUCAAACCCAAAGGCAUCAGCCCUAUUAAUGUCGCAAAUUCAUUCUUUCGACAGUGAUGCCACUUGCAUCAUAACUAUUGGUCACCCAUCCUUUACUCCCAACCCAUUGCAUCAUUCCAUGACACGUCGUUUUCAGCAAAAAACCCAGAACCAAACGCAACAGCGCAAGCAACAACCAUCAUCAAAAAGCAAUUAUCGUGCAUAGCCGUCAAAACUAUUGAUCAUUCAGAAGCAUUUGUGACAAAAAUCUGUUUUGCUAAAAAGCAACAACAGCAACUCUCUUCGAUGGCUCUUUCGAGUUUCAUCGAUCUCAUUGUAUAGACUUAAGGAAGCAAGACGAAUAGUUAUGUUCGUCAAAUUAUUGCCUGUAAUAACUGUACUGUCUUCGAUUUAUACACCCGAUAGCUUUUCUCAACUGAUAAUCGUUAACUAUGUCCAUCUUAAGUUUAUCUUUUGAAGAAGUUCCUCGUCAAUGUAUAUUAUCUAUAAUUUUUUCUCAUUAUUAAAAUAAAAUCUAGUGUUUGUAUGUUUUUGAAUGAAAGUUAUUAAAAACAAUUUAAGCGAGUGCUUAUUUUUUUAAUUUUUUUUCUAAAACAUUAUGUUUGAAAAACUAAUCACAAAAUUAAAUUGAAGGAGUAACGCUAUUGUAGGUAUGAUUUAACGGUGGCAAAGUGUACAAAACUAAAGUCAUCAAUCUUGAACGGUUAAUAACGUGUAGGUCAGAAUAAUCGCAAAAGGAAAAUAAGGAAGCAAGUGAAAUGGUGAAUUAGUAUUAUUUGUAACUUAGUUUUAUGUGCAAGUAACUAGCUAAUCAUUUAUAGAAUAAGUAGGCAACGUACUUUUUACAUACUAAGAACAUACGAAUUUAAAAAUGAAAAUCUGUCUUGCUCAAUUGGAAUCCAAAGCCUUCCAGAAGCGUAGACAGAUGUAAAAAGACGAUUGCUUCUUUAAUGGAGAUUAUUGUACUCCCAUAGUAUCUAGUAAUUAUAUAUAAUCAAAUCCGUUUUGUGUAUAUAAAUAAUUUAUGCAGUUGUCUUGAACUUUUUCUCUUGUACACUACAUAAAAUACCCAACUAAAAUUUCUUCGUGAAUCCUUUUUUCAUUGUACUAUGUAUUAUGGUACACUGUAUUUCUGAAAAAGUUGACUACCGUAAAAUUAGUAGAAUUACUGUAAGGCAAGCACAGUAUAAUUUACACGUUUAAGUUUUGCCGUAAUGGUGAGUGUACAUAAAAACUUAUUUUGUAAGAAGCCUAACUAAUUUUGUGUUCGGGAAAUUGAUUUUAAUAAAAAUUACCAAAUUACAAAAGUA